GACUCUUCACUAAACACUGUAAUACUGCUGUCGAAUAUGACUGAAGGUGGGGAGAAACGCAAAUCAGAGGCCAAAGAUGGCCGCCGCUCCAAGAAAUAUCAGCAUGAUCGCUUCAACCAACUGACGCCUGGUGCCGUCGGUGUCAUUGUCACUUGUGUGCGUGGCAAAGAGAAAGCUGCUGAAAAAGAUGCCAUAGAAAUGAUUCUCGACAGCAACUAUGUCAAGUCCUUGCAAGCUGCUCUUCCAGAACUGACCCCUGUCGAAGUCUCGGAUGCAGAAGAAGAUAUCGAAGCAUCCAUUGCACAAGAGCUUGAUUCUCUAAAAGAAGCACGAGCUCCACAAAAAGGCAAGCCAGCCUUGCUCAUACCGCUCAAAACGAAUCUCGAAUGCGUUGUCUUCAUCAAAACAGCCAAAGAAAUCAACCCAGUCUUGUUGGUUGCUGAUUUAUGUCAAGCACAGCUCGCUCAACCAGGAAAGAAGCUCGGAGGUCGCUUUGUGCGCAGAUUGACACCCAUUUCUGCUUCUGCUGAUGCGAGCAUUACGGGUCUCAAGACCUGUCUAGAGCGUGUCUUGCCUAGUGUCUUUAGCUGUCGCGAUCCAAAUGCAGCAGGGGUCGAUGCAGAGUCUGGCGAAUCAUCUGCAAAGACAGAUGAAGAACAACGGCAAACAAUUGUGAAGCGUCAGUAUCGAGUCGAGCCGACAUUUCGCAAUCAAGAUCAGCUCACGCGCGAUAUGGUCAUUCCAGAGACUGCUUCCCAAGUCAUGCGACUCGGUGCGCAUCAAGUCAACUUGAAAGCAUACGAUUGCAUUAUUCUCAUUGAAGCGAUUCGCGGGUUUCUCGGGGUCAGCGUUGUUGAGAAGUUUGACGUCCUGCGGAAGUUGAAUCUACAAGAGCUAUGCGAGAAGGGAGAAGCGCCACGGCAGGUACUUGACAAGACGGAAAAUUAGUGUGUGACGAUGAUUGCCGGUGGUGGUAAUUUGGGCGCAGACCAUUGCGCGUGGGUGCCGUCACUCUCGUAGAUGACUGGUUUCCGACGUUGUGAUGAUGCGGUCGACAUUGCAGCAGCUGCGGGAUCAGGAAUGAUCUCCAUCUCUGCUACUUCCUCACAACGUGCUGCGUCUUCCAUGGAUUGCCUCUUGGCCCGGUACGCUCUGACAAUGAACCACAUGGUACCUACUGUAAUGAGUGUCGAUAGCACGAAUGCGAUAUUUCCCAUAAUUGAGUUGUGUGCUUUGUCUCUAAGCAAGACGCCAACAUAGACUGGUGGAAAGAA